CUGAAACGUUUGUUUGUGUUUGGCAGUGGAUGGUGGUGCAGUGGGUGGCCGCCACAUCCCAUCGCUUCUCAGGAUCCUCGGCAGUGUGUUCCUUCUUCUUCUUCUUGGCUGCUCAAGAUGGCAACCGAGGAGCAGGUGAUGCUGCACGGGCCAUGGUGGACAACAGGCUUGCACAGUCUUCUCUUCAACGGGACUAUAGUGGAGCAUGAUCCCUUUGUGUCGGUGAUGUUGGGGGUUGGUCCUGCCCCAAGCACGGGCGCGUAUUCGCUGUUCAGCUACUGGGUGACGCUGUGCCUGUUUUCCCCGAGCAUGUUCAACGUGCUUGGGCUGACCAUCUCCCUGCUGACGAAAGAGUGGGGCGCAUACAUGAACAACCGCGCAGAGCUGCGGCGGCAGGCAUGGCUCACCAGCAAAGGCUUGGUCCUCAGCACACCCGUGCUUGCGGUGAUGAUGCGGGCCAUCCUGGAGCAGCGUGUUGGCCGGCUGCGCUACGACGACGACAACAUCGCGUGGCCCGAGUACAUCUUCUCCGCCAUCGCCUUCAUCCUGGUGCAGGACACCACCUUCUACCUGAUGCACCGGCUCUGGCACACGGAGCUGCUGUACGACCUCAGCCACCACCUGCACCACAGCUGCCGGCCCACCACCACCUUUGCCGCGUCGGCCGCAGAUGUGUUUGAGAUCACCUUCACCGGCUACGUGUCUGCGCUCAUGCCGGCGCUCGUGGUGCCCAUGGGCGCGCGGCUGUUUCUCAUCAUGGACCUCUUUGGGCACUUGUGGAGCAUCUACCUGCACAACCACGACGCACACCGCAUCGGCUUGCUGGUGUACGACCCCCACGACCACAAUGUGCACCACUACUAUGGCCAGCGCAACUUCAACUUUGGCCUCUACACGCAGAUCCCCGACCGCAUCAUGGGCACGUUCAAGGCGUUCACCCCAACAGGCCGCCUGUCGCUCUCCAAGAAGCUGGAAUGA